AUGGCUGCACGGAUAUUCAUUAUAAUAUGUUGCAUUUUAGCUCCAUUAUCGGUCAUAUCAAUAUUAACGAAUAUAUUCGUGAAUGAAAAACUAAAGAAGCGUAUAUAUCUAUUACCUAAAAUUCUUGCCACAGCAAGUUUUAUUAACGGAAUUAUUGCUGUUCGUCUUGGAAUUGGUAUGGCUGAAGAUGUUAUUAAGAUUCGGAAUGCUGUCAUAGGUGAAUCAUGUAUUCUGGCUAUUGUCGCACUGGUAUUAAAUUUAGUCGGCGCUGUUAUCACCUGUUUCAUGGCUUGA